AUGAGUAAAGUUAAGGGAAUAUUCCCUUUAUUCUUAGCCACAGCCUUUGGCAUUGGUAAUGGCAUCUGGGUUUUUGGACCAGCGUUAAAAGAGCAACAAGAAAACAACUUGCAGGCGAAGGCUUUUGAACACCCAAUUCAAACCAAGGAAAGCGAAGUGGCUAGGAUGGCAGAAGUAGAAGCAAGUCGCGCUGCUACUACGAAAACUUUGUUAAACCCAUCUGAGACUCCAGAGGCUUCUUGGUGGCAGUCUGCCAAAUUUUGGACAAGUUCUCAGCCAAAAUCCAAUGGUAAAUCAGAAUCGGAACCAAAAGAACCGAUUGCUGAGGUGAAGAAAUCAUGA